GUCGUCUUCGCUAAUCUUUUUGGCUUGGCUGAGCUUCCGUACAAAAAGUAUUGGUUUCCAUGGGGACGAACGAACAUCCAGCUAGUUCAGAUACUACAACGAAAGAGGAGGAAUCAGUACAUGUCUUAUUGUCAAGUCCUCAAACGUCAAAAUGUCCUUCAGAGACUUAAGAAAUUUCACAGAAAUGAUGAGGGCCUUGGGCUAUCCUCGUUUGAUUUCUAUGGAGAACUUCAGAACACCAAACUUCACUUUAGUUGCAGAAAUCCUAAUAUGGCUUGUAAAAAGAUACGAGCCUCAGAUGGAUAUCCCUACUGAUGUAGACACAGAGUCAGACAGAAUAUUCUUCAUCAAGGCUGUUGCCCAGUUUAUGGCAACUAAGGCUCACAUCAAGUUAAACACCAAGCGUCUCUACCAGGCUGAUGGCUAUGCAGUGAAAGAGAUGCUGAAGAUCACCUCAGUGCUGUACACUGCAAUGAAGACCAAGCAGAUGACACUGGGGGAUCAAAUCGAGGAGGACAACAGCAAGUUCAAGUUUGACCUCGGAUCACGUAUUUCAGAUCUUAAAACAGCUCGGCAGCUGGCAUCAGAGGUCACCUCCAAAGGAGCAUCUCUGUAUGAUUUAUUGGGAAAAGAAGUGGAACUAAGAGAAAUGAGAACUGCAGCUAUUGCCAGACCUUUGGAGAUCAAUGAAACUGAAAAAGCCCUGAGAGCUGCCAUCAAGGAGGUUUUGGAGAGUGUGGAGAAGACCAAAGACAUGCUUAGUAAUGUUGUUUCUGAUGAAACAAGUCUGGAUGCAAAGAUAGAAAAGAAGAAGCAGGAGCUGGAGAGGAAUCGUAAGAGGCUUCAGACACUGCAGAGUGUCAGGCCAGCCUUCAUGGAUGAAUAUGAAAAGAUAGAAGAAGAUUUGCAGAAACAAUAUGACACCUAUGUGGAGAAGUUCAGGAACCUCUGCUUCCUGGAGUCUCAGCUGGAUGAAUACCGUAGACUGGACCAGGAGAGGUUUGAGGAGGCUGAAAACACAAUGAGGAUGAUGCAGCACAAAUUGAGGGAGGAGGAAAGAGAUCUAAUGAGGAGUUCUUUGAAAGACGAGGACUCUGACAUGGAUGUUCCAGAGGAUGAAGGUUCAGACAGCGACAUGGAAGUGAAUCGACCUUCCAAGCCAAGGCCAACACGAAACGGCAUCAUGGCAGGUCGAGGAGGAAGAUUCAUUGGAAACAUGCAGGGAGGUGACAGCGAUGAGUCCGCUUUAGCUGUUUCCAGACGGCCAAUCCCUUAUGUCAAAAAGCAACGGAAGGGAAAGACUGAAGACAGUGAGAUUGAUGUGGAUGAGGACGAUGAAGAAGAUGAGGAAGGUGAGGAAGAAGAGGAGAGCAAGGAUUUGGAGGAUGACAGUCUGGAGGGACCAGUAUCCGGGGGUGCUCGCCCUUCCAGGGGUGGUAUGAGACCUCCUAUCAUGGAGGAGAGUGACAAUGACUUCUGAGUGUAGAACACACAUAAAGACAGGCUCCUGCUGAUUCUGUUUCCAUCACCUGGAAAAAAACAAAUGCAUUAAUCAUUAUAUUAAACCAUAUAAUUUUUGAUUAGUAAAGCAUACGCACAGUUCCUGUUUUUAAAUAUGUGUUAACUGUUUAUGUAAAUAAAAGCUGAACUAUUUUA